CGAGAGAGAGAGAGAGAGAUAGAGAUGGGUGUGGCUCAAAUACCAUUACUUGAUUUUUCAAAUGAGGCACUAGGCUUAGAAUUUGGAAGAAAGAGCUGGAGAGAACUGUGCAACCAAGUUAGAGAGGCAUGUGAGACUCACGGUUGCUUCCUUUUGACGUAUGAAAAGAUCACUGAAAACCUGCGUGAAGAUAUGUUCAUGGGAAUCAAGGCACUAUUUGAUCUUCCUCAAGAGACCAAGACUAAGUACGUUAAUCCCAAGCCUUAUCGCAGCUACUCUGGUAAGAGUCCAGUUGUUCCUUUCUACGAGAGCUUUGGCCUCGAUAAUGCACAGAAGCUUGAAGCAGUUGAAGCUUUUACUAAUCUCAUGUGGCCAGAAGGGAACACAAGUUUCUGCGAGACUAUUCAUGUGGUGAGCUCGGAGAUGCUGGAGCUGAAUUUUGUGUUGCUGAAAAUGAUUUUUGAGAGCUUUGGCAUGGAAAAUUAUUAUGCUUCGCACAUUCAGGACAGCACUAGUCUAUUUCGUGUGAUGAGGUAUAUAGCUCGUCCAAGCGGCGACAGUGACACAGUUGACGACGAUGACAAGGCCAUUGCUCUACGAGCUCACACUGACAAAAAUGCUAUCACCAUCUUAUGUCAAAAUGAAGUUCAGGGUCUCGAGGUUCAGAUCAAAGAUGGAAACUGGGCUCAAGUAAUGGUUCCCCGAGAUGCUCUAGUAGUCAUUGUUGGUGAAGCACUCAAGGUAUGGAGCAAUGGGAGGCUUCAAGCAGCUAGGCAUAGGGUGGUGGUGAGAGGAGACAAAGACAGGUAUUCUUGCGGGCUGUUUUCAAUGCCAAAAGAGGAAACAAUGAUUGAAGUGCCCAGCGAACUUGUGGACAAAGAGCAUCCUCUUCUCUACAGGCCCUUCAUUUUCGCAGAUUAUAUUUCAUACUAUGCUUCCAAGUUGAGCGAUGAUGCUCUUGAAAUAUUUGCAGGCAUUUGAUCUUAUAAAAUUAAUUAAUUUGUUUUAUAUAUAAUGCUUAAUUAAUUUGUAGAAGAUAUGUAUGAACUUAUUUAUACAUGAAUUAAAAAGGUUAAAGAAAUUAAAUCUCUUAAUUUGGUAAAUUAUAUUAUUUUUUAUGAUGAUGCA